GCCAGAGGUAAGUCACAGUUUUACCUUUUUCUUUACGUUUUUAACUUCAUCAGACAUCUUAGUGUGUUUUAAUUACUUAGAAACAACUUUGAACAGUGAUCUUCAUGUAAUUUAUGACUAUUGAAGGGUAAACCGAGUCUGAGGUCUGUUUUGGGUUAAUUAAGCUAGCUUGAACAUUAGCAAGACAACCGUUACUUAUCCUUUUAGCUAGCGCUAACUGACGUUGCUAACUGACGUUGCUAACUGACUUUAACUUUGAUUAUCCGCCUUUCCUUUAGUUUGUAGACACAGAGCAAAAUCUAUUGAAAUUAAAAACUCCUGGAGAAACAUGAAGAAGGGGGAAAAAUGUGAAAUUCGCUCAAGUAUCUGUCCUUUUCCCCCCAUUUUCUUUUCUGUGAACUGUGUUUUGUUCUUCCUCAGGUGUUGGCAUUGGAGUAAAACCUGGAGUUGCAGGUGCUCUUGGGGCAUUGGGGAGCCGAUAUGGCAACAAAGCAAUGAAGACUGGAAUUGGUCGUUAUCCAGGGGCUCAGCUUGGAGUUGGAGGUUACAGAGCUCUUGGAUUAGGAAGUAAAGCAGGUCUGAAGCAAGGAGGAUAUGGAGCCCAGGGAGCUUAUGGUGCGGCUUUGGGAACAGGAAUGGGAUUGGGGACUGGACUUACAAACGGACUGGGACUGGGUUUGGGCCAGGGAGGAAAACGCGUUUAUGGUGCUGGCCUUGGCACUGUGCCUGGAUAUGGGGCUUUAGCCGGCAUGGGCCAUCCUGGAGCCCGACCAGGAAUUGGACUUGGGUAUCCCACUGGACAGAAGGCUAAGCAACAGAAACCUGGUUUGUCUGCAGCAGAUUUGGGUGGACCUCAGUUGGCCAAUCUGGGCCAACAUGUAUCAGAUCUGAAGAGAGAAAAGAGCAGAGCACUUGGUCUCUUAAAUGGAGACAGAACUUUUGGACCUGAAAUGCCGAACAUGAGGAAGGGUAAUAUACUUACUGCUACUGAAAUACAGACAGAAACUGGCUUUAGACCUUCUGCCCUGCCACAUGGAAGAGAGAUCAAAAGCCUUAAUCCACUAGUUAAGGCAUCACAUCUUGGACCUAGGACAGCCCAUGAUAACCUGAGUAAAGGUCUUGGUCUGGUUACUCAAGUCCAAGGAGGAGAAAGUUAUGAUCCUACACUCUUAGAAAGAAGGGACUCAGCAAGCCAUGGAGCCUCGCUGGCUGCUGGAGGUUUAAGACAGCAACUGCCUCAUAAUAACGACAACAUCAGAAGUCUAGGUUAUGCUUCCUCUCAGGUUCAGAGUGCAAGAGACUAUGAUUCAUCUAUCCAACAUAACCGGCGAACUCCAAACUGUGGCUCCACUCGUGAUUUGUCUGAAGCGUUAAGAGUCAAUCACCAUGAGCUUUUGGGUUCAGAAACACAGAGGACUCAAGGUUUGCUGCCCCAGGCUAAUCCACAGGCACAAGGAGAGAGAACCCAUCAACGGCCUCUUUCACAAACUCACGAUGGCAGAAGCAAUAUUUUCUCCCUGUCUCAAAGUCAAGGAACCGGAGACUAUUUAUCUGCUGCAGCAGACGGACAAGGUGUCAAAGACCUUGUUGCUAAAGAGAAAAGUGGCUCUAGAAUCCGUGGGACUGUUGCUGUGGAAAGCCAGGGUCCUGGUUUUCAAGCACAAGGAGGGGGUAGCUAUGGACCAGUGAUCCCAGUUACAACUGGAACACAAAGUGUAGGAAUCGCCUCAGUUGAAGGGCAGGAAGUUAAAGGCUUUACUGCUGAUGGUCAGAAAACAAAACACCUUUCCCAAGCUGAACGUGAUGUCAAAGUGCCAAAAGCUCUCAGUAUCCCAGGACAGACUGGGAGGAAUACCCAGGGAACAAGUUAUCUUGGUGGAGCAGGAAACUAUCUGGGAGCAAACCUGGGCACUGGAGGCUACGGAGCAGGUUUGGGACAGGGAGCAUACCUGGGUGGAGCAGCUGGAAAACUUGGAGCUGCCGCUGCUCUUGGACAGGGUGGAUAUCCCCAUGGUGCUGCAGGGAUGUCACCUGGUCACAGGAGAAGCUUCAGUGUCAUCCAUUCCUUUACUGGCUAUGGUGAGGGACUGACAGGAUACCUGGGUGCCAUGGGAGCCAAUGGCUACGGUUAUGGGAAUGGUUACAGCGAUGGUCACGGAGCUGGGCUUGGUUACCCUUCAGAGUUAGCUGAUGUUGCUGAGAACAAAGCAGGGAAGCGUGAAGCCCUGAACACAGGAGGCUAUGCUGGACAAGUCCAGGGGGCCUACGGAGGACUUGGUGCAGGACUCGACGCAACUGGUGGCAAAUACGGAGGAGGAGCUGCUCAGGUUCCUUAUGGUAAUGCUCCAGUGAUUCCUGCUGGACUGGAGGGUGAUGGUGGCUACCCAUAUCCUGCUCAGCAGCUCAACCUCGCUGCUGAAGGUGCCAAAACUGCCAGCAAAUAUGGAGCUGGUGCAGGUUAUGGACCUCAGCAUACAGCUUACGGUGCACAGCUAGGAGCAACUCAAGAUGCUUUGGGAGAGCAAGCUGGCAAAUAUGACAGAGUGAACGCUGCCCUUGGAAAUGGAUACAAAGGCUAAAUCAAAUCACCUGGACUUCUUCAUGUGGAUCAUUUAAUGUGUUCAGUGUAAUGUGUUUUUAAAGCUUUUUGUGUGUUUCUCUCCAUCGUGUCCUGUUGUGUUGUCUGUUUUGUCUUUUGCUUUACUUUUCUUAUCCUUCUUGUCUUUCUCUGUGUGGGGACAUCUGUUGCCCAUGUCCGUUUGUCUUGUUGGUCCAAAGCCUGCAGUGCCCCACCAGUCUCAUUCUGUCAACACUGAAAAACAUGGUGGCGAUUGAUAAACACAAGUAAUUGUUUUUUUUUGCAAGAGAUUUGCCUCUAUGUUUUGAAAAAUGAAUAUUAAAAUGAUGAUUUUAGUGUUUUAAUCCAAUAAAUGAAAUGUCAAAUGAUGCUGAAUUUGAACUCCUGAGUAAAGCCAUUGUGUUUACCAG